AUGGUUUGCACGUUUUGGCAACCUGGUUUACAGCCUGGGACUUCUCAAGAUGUCAAGCCAUUUUCACAACCACCAUAUGCUGGGAAACCAGCAACAGCAGUGUCAUCUAGUGAUAUGAGCUUGCAGGCUCCUCCUCCACCACCAUGGGAAGGCCGUGCCAUUGCCACACAUAUGCUUAGACUUGUGGAGUUCUCUGCCUUUAUGGAACAGCAGAGAGAUGCUGACACUUAUCACAAACACUUAUUUGUCCAUAUAGGGGGCUCUGCCACUUACUCUGACCCUCUAUUAGAGGCUGUUGAUGUUCGGCAGAUAUAUGAUAAAUUCCCUGAAAAGAAAGGUGGUUUAAAGGAACUGUAUGAUAAAGGACCUCAAAAUGCUUUCUUCCUUGUGAAAUUCUGGGCAGAUCUGAACACCAACAUACAGGAUGAAGCAGGUGCAUUUUAUGGGGUCACCAGUCAGUAUGAGAGCAAUGAAAACAUGACCAUCACGUGUUCUACAAAGGUGUGUUCAUUUGGCAAACAAGUGGUUGAGAAGGUUGAAACAGAAUAUGCCAGGUUUGAAAAUGGUCGUUUUGUGUAUCGCAUCCACCGCUCUCCCAUGUGUGAAUAUAUGAUCAACUUUAUUCAUAAGCUCAAACAUCUACCAGAAAAGUAUAUGAUGAACAGUGUCCUGGAAAAUUUCACAAUAUUGCAGGUGGUAACCAACCGAGAAACCCAAGAAACACUGCUGUGCACUGCUUAUGUGUUUGAAGUGUCAACAUCUGAACAUGGUGCUCAGCAUCACAUCUACAGGCUGGUGAAGGAUUAACAUCUCCUUGAAGAUCUUUUUGAACAUUUUCCAACAGUGCCUACAACCGCUGACAAUUGUACAUUAUAUGUUACAGCUAGUAUUAUUUUUAUUAUACUCGAAAACAACUGUCCCUUGUGGGUGAGUGCAACGCAUAAUGGAGCUUGUGUGGCAACAGGCCUUGGGAUGCCAGUUGAUCAGUUGUGAAGGUCUGGAAGCAAACCAUUCAUUAUUUGGUGGAUCCCAAGUGUAGAGUAGCCUGCUCCAUGUUAUCAGUCAUUCUCUUGAGAAUUACAAAUAUGGAUAUGCCAUUUUGAAGAUCUUAUGACAAUAGGUUGAAAUUGGGGAUGUCAGUCAGUAUGGUUUUUCCAUUUUUCUUUUGUUUGGGUCAAAUUGCUUUAAUGCACAUGGGGUAACACCUAUGUAUUUUGCUAUAGGGACAAAGAGUAUUUAUUGAUAAAUGCGAAGAAAAUACUGUUGAUUUAUGUGAAAUCUUAUAUGUAAAUAAUUUCUUUCAUAAUGCUAGGAAUUUUCACAAACAAUUUGGCAGCUUUCAAAGGAGUUUUUGUCUUGUGAAUGAAACAUAAUAUGAAGAGUUACUAAUGAUAUUAUUACAAAAUAAAAUAUUUUUAUUUAUUUGUGUAAAUACUUAUUGCCCAGACAUAGCUCCAUAAACCAAAGAUGGUUUUAUAGGGAUUGGUGUAAUAAGGAAGAGUUAAUGAUACAACAAAACUAAAGUAUGGAUAAACAGUAACCAAGCAAGACAUCAAUGUAUACAGGUUUCUUAUUAAUAGUUUGCUGCUUCCAAUUGUGCAAACCAUAUGUAAUAGUGUUUUUUAUGUGUUGAUAAAGUUAGAUUGCUGUAGCCAACUGAUACUGUGAAACAUUGCCAACAUACAGUUCUAUAGCAUUGUGUAUCAAAGUGUUGUAAGAAUGCAGAUGCUAUUUCAUCUCGUGCUUUGUAAUUCUGUUCACUGCUACAGUACCUUUUUUUUCUUAUUCUGAUACAUAAUACAGCAUGUAAUCAAUCAUAUCUGUUAGCAAAGUGGGCCUUUUGUGCAUAUUCCCAGCAAGAACCCUCUGUAGAUAAUGAGCAUCCUGUGGUGGAAUUGAUGGGUUAAGGCGGCCCACAAAUUCAAUUAGCUCCCUUUCUACAGACUUAUUGUCCAGCCUUUGUAUAGAUUAUGAACUAAUUUUUGAUGAGGCUAAAGCCCUCAAGAAAUGAUACUGUUAGGGAUGCCUCUCUUGAAGAUGUGAAUUGUCCAUCAGCACUUCAUUAAUUGUGUGAUGAAUUUCACAACAAGCAAUUGUGGUAAAAGAGAAUUGAAUAUUGUCUCAUUCAGAAUAAUAUUGAUCUUUUCCUGAAACUGGUUUUUUUGGAAGGGUCAAAGAGUUGCAUACCAUAAGAGGCACCUGAUCUCAUAUGGAAUAAAAAAAGCUUCUUGGAAUGAAUGGGAUAUUGGAAAAAGAGAUGUAAACUUUUCUCUCUCUUCCUUGUACAGUUAGAUAGUUAAACAAGUUUGAAAGUACUAUAGCUGUAUGGUGUAUAUUUUUUGUAUUAACAUCUAAAUUUUUCUACUGACAUUGUUAUGAAAUGAUUGACAUCCCUAGUUAAAGUAAAUACUUUCCCUCAUCAAUUUGGCAUCCCUUGCAUUAAAAGAAUCCACAUCUUCAGGAUAACAUGGGAGGGGGGGUACAAAAGUUAAUAUAAAUAAAUGAAUAUAUUAUAUAUAAACUGGGUGUAGAAAAUAUAAACAAACAGCAAUUUUUUGAUCUCUCUUUUAGUCAAACCAUAUUUUCAGGGUGAGAAAAAAUGUAGUAUUUUGCAGUUUGGCAGCUGAGAGUCUUUACUUAAAAAUUGAGCCAAAUGAUUUUUUUAUAUGAAAGAAAGUUUAAUGUUUCAAGAUGUGCUUGUUAUGGAAAUGCAGCAUCACUAUAUAUAUAAUAUAUAUUAUUAAAUAUAAUAUCAUAUUAUAUAUAUAAAAUAAUAAUAAUAUAUAUUUAUCAUGUCUUCUGUGAAGAUAUACAGCACUUUCUCACUAACUCACUCUUCAUUAAGCAAGCAGCAUCAAAACAUUUGUCAGGUCUCGGAAUGCCAGACGCAAUCAUUGUUUGUGUGUCUAUACAUUAUAUACUUAUAUGUUCAUACAGACAGUGAUUAUGGCAUUGGCUUGUCGGUUUGUGUAUAUCAACUGUAUGAACCCAUUGUGCCAAGCGCAGGACAAAUACCAACAAACAAAAUGAUUUAUGUGCUAAAAUAUUUGUGAAAGUAUGUUAUAAAUACAUUUUAGAUUGAUAUCAUUAUACAAGAAUUGUUGGCCAUAUCUUGACUGCCAUAUCAUGGUAUAGAUUGUUUGUUUGUACUUAAAAUGCCUGGAAUUUCUACAAAACUAUUGUACAGUAUUUGAAAACUUAUGUUGUACAAGAUGUGUAACAAUUUUUAAUUGCUGCAGUCAUGCACUUCAAUAAGUGCCUUUCUGUACUCUUUGACUGAGUCAUAUCUCAUAAUUGUGCUUUAUAUGCAAAAAAUUUGUUUUUGAAACAAUCAUUGGUCAAAGUGUCAUGUAUACUUAAUUUAAUAAGUAAUUUGUUUUAUGAAAUUUUUGGCCAACAUUCUAAAUCAGCAUCUUGUAUACUUCAUAGGGAUUGCUCUUGGUCAUAUUUUGUGUAUGCCGAAAUAACAAAGAGUUUGUAAAUUUUUUUAUUCGGAAAUAAGUGAGAAACUUCUUCAUCUAUUCCCCAUGUGCAUGACAAAUAAUUGUGUACUGCAAGCUUUAGCAGACAGUAACAGUAUCAGUGCCAUUCCAUCUGAGGGUGACAUUGAGCUUUUACACAACUUUUGACCUUCAGUGGUUUUAAUUACUAUAAAUGAAUUUGUAUUUUUUAUUGAUGGAUAUUUUUGUGUGUUUUAAUAUAGUAAUUCCACGUAAACUUUCAUUUUUUAAUAGACACUUGACCAACAUUGGAUACAAAUACAAUAAUAGUUUUCAUACAGGAACCUACCCAUUUAGAGACCAGCAGAAUAUUUUCCAUUAUGUUAUUAUAAUUGUGAUAGAAUUUCUUAAUCCUAUAUUUCAUUUUUGUUACUCUAAGUGUGAAUGUAAAAUAUUCAUAUUUUUUAGUGUUUUAUGAGUAUAUUGAAGACUCAGAGAGCCGUUUAUUGUCCUACAAUUUUAGUUCUAGCAAGUAGUGUGUUUUGAACACAUUUUUGUACAAAGCCAAUUCUUUUUAUUUUCUAAGUUGCCAUAUCUAAAUGUCAUUUUUUACUGAAUUUACUAAAUCCUAAUUGAGCUUUUGUAGUGCACAAACAAUUAUUUUAUACUGAUCAUGAAGAUUGUUUCAUCUUUCAAGGGUUAGAGCUUAGUUAUGUAUAUAAAACAUGUACAACUCUAGUGCAAAUUGGCAUUUACUUUGAGUAGAAAGCUUCAAUAACUGUAAGGAAAGAGUAUUUCAUGAGGUUGCAGGCAAUUUCUUGUCAAGCAGUGUAAUUUUUUUCUCGUUGUGGAAAGGCUUCAAAUGUUCAAAAGAAAUGACUUGUCUACCAGUUUCAAGUAUGUUAAUGCUUAAACCUCAUAAAAUGUCUUUCCUAUUUCUCUGUUUCCACAAUUAGGUUGUGUUAUAUCGUGAUAUAUCUUUUGUUACAUAGGUUUUUUUUACAAUCUUGCUGCAGCUUUUCAUUUGGUUUGGGUUUUCAUUCCUUUAGCUUGUAGGUAAAAGUUAUUUUUGAAGCACAUCAGUGAUGUGCCACUUUUGUCUUGUUCCCCACCUGUAUGUGGCAGCAAAACUAGAAAAUGAAAGAAAAAAGAGUGAAAAGGAAUAAAACGGACACUUUUGUACAGUUAAACUGUAAUAUAUUUGUGAUUUAUAUUUUCCUGUAUUUAUACAAUUCCAUUUACUCCAUUUCCUUGUUCAUGUUAUUAAAUCCAAUUGUUCAGUAUCUAGCACAGUUUCUUUCAUUGAUUGAAACUGAAAUUUCAUGCUUUUACAUUAUAACAUAACAAUCAUGGCAACAUUUUUAUGAAAUAUAAAUA